AUGAAUGAUAAUAAUAAUCAAAAUGAAUUAGCUAUUCAACGUUUUGUUGAAUAUAUACAAAUAAAAACAGUACAACCUGAACCAGAUUAUGAUAGUGCUUUCAAAUUUUUGAAAAAUUAUGCACAAGAGCUUGGUUUAGAAUAUUGUUUAAUUAAAAUUGAUGAAGGCCGACAAGCAGCUGUAUUAACUUGGUUAUCAUCAUCAAAUGAUAAAUCAAUAUUACUCAAUUCACAUAUUGAUGUUGUACCAGUUUUUGAAGAAAAUUGGAUAGUUCCACCAUUUUCAGGUGAAAUUCAUGAUGGAAAAAUUUAUGGACGAGGUACACAAGAUAUGAAAUGUGUUGGAAUUCAAUAUUUGGAAGCUAUUCGACGUCUUAAAACAGCUAAAUAUGAACCAAAACGAACUAUUCAUUGUUUAUUUGUUCCUGAUGAAGAAAUUGGUGGUGACAGAGGAAUGAAAACGUUAAGAACACUAGAUGAAUUUAAAAAUUUAAAUGUUGGUUUCGUUCUUGAUGAAGGUCUUGCUAGUGAAACAGAUGUCUUUCAAGUAUAUUACGGUGAUCGUAGUUGUAUGUGGAUUGAAAUAACCAUUAAAGGUAAUACUGGUCAUGGAUCACGUCUUAUUGACAAUACAGCUGCAGAAAAAGCUCAAUUUAUUAUUAAUGAAAUGUUAAAAUAUCGUACUGAUGCAAAAGAACGUUUAGAAAAAAGUCAAACAACAGAUAAACCACUUCAAUUAGGUAAUAUAACAACAAUUAAUUUAACAAAAAUGAAUGGUGGUGUUCAAAUAAAUGUUGUACCUGAUCAAUAUACAUUAGCUUUUGAUUGUCGCAUUGAACCAAAUAAUUAUGAUUCAUUUAAAGAAUUUGUAAAUGAUCUUAUUCAACGAACACCAAAAGAAAAUAAUGAAGAAAUAAUACUGAAUUAUGCACAAGAUUCAGGUCCACUUCUUCUUACUGAUAUUGAGAAACCAUCAUGGUGGCUUAAUGGUUUUAAACAAACAUGUGAAGAAAUGAAAUGUAAAUUAAAUUGGACUAUAUUUCCUGCUGGAACUGAUGCUAGAUUUUUACGUAAUCUUGGUUAUCCAGCAAUUGGUUUUUCACCUAUGAUAAAUACUCCUGUUCUUUUACAUGAUCAUAAUGAAUAUUUACAUAAAGAUGUUUUUCUUCGUGGCAUUGAAAUUUAUAUUAAAUUAAUUAAAAAUCUUACAAGUGAACCAAUAUCAACUUAA